CUUUUUCUAGGCUGUUUUCUCGCUUCUGUGUCGUGAUCUUCUUCUCCUCUCCUUCCCAAUAGAUCGCAUCUAACGGACCAAGCAUCCUUCACAACUUCCAAGACUUGGCCGAGAAUCGCCAAAUACUAUCACGGGAACAUCAUUUUGCUCAUUCGUUGACCAGGUCUCCCUCCACGUGGCCGUUACCAAGACAAGAUCGAGUUUGAUCUGCCCCUUGCGACUGGUGCUAUCCCCUACACCAAGUGGUCUAUUGUCUGAUGAGGCUUGGCAAUCAUGGUCCUCACCACGUCAACAUCAACAUCCAUAGAGGAUGGCCAACUACACAAAGAGACUUAUCAUUCUCCCGUGUUGUCGCCAUCGUCGUCCACCGAAAUCAACAGAACCGACCAAUUGCACAGAGUGCAAUCGUCCGAGCACGGCAUUCCCCUUGUCAACACCACCGACGAUGAGCCCGAGAAGAGGCCUUCGGUCGACAGUGAUCCUAACAUUGUCGACUGGGACGGCCCUGACGACCCAGAAAAGGCCAUGAAUUGGUCCGAGGGAAAGAAAUGGACCAAUAUCGGGGUGCUGUCCUAUCUUUGCUUUCUCACUCCUCUAGCUUCGUCAAUGGUCGCUCCAGGUGUUCCUCUCAUCAUGCGGGAAUUCCAAUCCACCGACUCAACCAUUGCCAGUUUCAUCGUGUCCAUCUACGUCCUCGGGUACGCGCUUGGGCCUCUGUUUCUCGCCCCUCUAAGUGAGGUCUACGGGCGAGCCUAUGUCUAUUACGCGUGCAACUCCCAGUUCGUCAUCUGGACUAUGGCGUGUGCGCUGGCUCCCAACAUGGGCACGCUGUUGUUCUUCCGAGUGCUCAGUGGAAUCGCAGGCAGUUGUGUCAUCACCAUUGGUGGCGGUACCAUCGCCGACCUGAUUGUUCAAGAGAAGCGCGGCGGAGCCAUGGCCUUGUUCGCUUUAGGUCCACUCAUCGGACCUGUCAUUGGCCCUGUUAGCGGCGGAUUCCUGUCCGAAGCAGCCGGGUGGAGGUGGGUGUUUUGGGUGAUCACGAUUGCGGCCGGCGUGGGCUUUGUAGUGGCCCUUUUUGUCAUGCGGGAAUCGUAUGAACCGGUCCUCCUUGAGCGCCGAACAAAGCGGCUUCGCAAAGAGACGGGCAAUCAGAACCUGCGCUCGCGACUCGAUCCAGGCAUCCCCAUCCGCGAGUACUUCAUUCGAGCCAUCAUUCGGCCCACCAAGAUGCUCUUCUUUUCGCCCAUUGUCUUCACCUUGUCGUUAUACAUGGCUAUCGUUUAUGGCUAUCUUUAUCUCCUAUUCACCACCAUCGGAAUGGUCUUUGAGGGCACAUACGGUUUCAGCCAGGGGACGGUUGGUCUCUCGUUCCUGGGAAUUGGAAUUGGAUCAAUGCUGGGUCUUGUCAUCUUUGGCAUCAUCUCAGACAGGAUUGUCAAGAAGAAAUCGGCCAAUGGGGAGAUGAAACCAGAGUAUCGACUACCUCCCCUCAUCCCCGGGAGUCUGGUCAUCCCCAUCGGCCUCUUUUGGUACGGCUGGUCCGCCCAUGCUAGAGCACACUGGAUUCUCCCCAUCAUCGGCACCAUGUGGGUCGGCCUGGGCUUGAUCGCUACUUUCAUGCCGAUCCAGACAUAUCUUGUGGAUGCCUUUGGCCUACAUGCAGCUUCGGCCAUCGCUGCCAACACGGUGCUUCGGAGUUUGGCGGGUGCCUUUUUACCCUUGGCAGGACCAUCCAUGUAUGCGUCGUUAGGCCUUGGAUGGGGCAAUUCAUUGCUCGCCUUCAUUGCUCUUGCAUGUGCACCUGUGAGUUACAUCUUCUACAGAUAUGGGGAGCAGAUUCGAAAACAUCCCAAGUUCCAGUUGAAUUUGUGAUGAACAACUUGGUCCACCAUAGGCUUCUUGCGACUUUCUUUCAAAAUCGGAACACGAGGGGCACGGUGCAUGGUGUGUGGAUGUCAAGGUCAUUCAACAGAACAGUUUUCAAUCACAUUCGAGGGGUAAAGAGGGUAUUAAGCAUAGCAUUUUGUUUUAUUGGAAGCAACUUAACAAUAGACCUUGGGCAGGAUGAGCCAUGUAUCUAAAACGGCAGAUGUCUACAAGAUUCAGGAUGCACUAUCGAAAAUGGCAUUAGCAGUUAUCUUCAAGCAUCGGACUCGUGUCAUUCAGUUGACUAGCAAUUGCAUUUAAAAGUUU